CUGAUCAGUUAUUUUGCCGCCAAGAACGCGAUCGAACACAGCUCAAACUCGGGAUCGGCAAAUAAUAAAAGAAAUUACAAAAAAAGGAAAAAAUAAGAAUAAAAAAAUUAAAUAUGUUUCUGUUGCUAAUAUUAAUCAUGCUUUUAUUGCUGAUAGUGUACAAGGAGAUUAAAUAUUCCGGAGUGCGCCAACAAAUAGCCCACACCAAGGGCCCGCCAACAUUGCCAUUCAUUGGCAAUGCCCAUCAGUUGGGAAAAACGCCAACGGCCGCCCUUCACUUUAUGUUCAACAAUUUCUAUAAAUAUGGGAAUUUUCGGGCCUGGAUUGGCUACUAUCUGUAUGUGGUAAUUUCCGAACCCAAAGAUGUGGAGUACGUCUUGGCCAGCAAUGAGUUGAUAGCCAAAUCCGAUGUCUACGACAUGAUGCAUCCCUGGCUGGGUGAUGGCCUGCUGACGAGCAAAGGCAGCAAAUGGCAUAAACAUCGCAAGAUGAUAACACCUUCAUUUCAUUUUAAAAUUCUCCAAGAUUUCCACGAGGUUAUGAAUGCAAAUUCGAGUAAAUUCAUGGAAAAACUGAGGGAUAUAUCGAGGGGAGAUAAUAUUUUCGAUUUUCAGGGCAUGGUCAACUAUUUGACAUUGGAUGUGAUUUGUGAUACCGCCAUGGGUGUCAGCAUCAAUGCCAUGGAUAAUCCCCACACGGAUUUUGCCAAGGCCGUGGAAUUCAUUUGCUGCAAUAUCAACAUGCGUGCCUUCAAUCCCCUGAAAAGAAAGAAUUUUACCUAUCAAUUUUUCCCCGAAUUCAGGCAGUAUUGUAAGACUCUGCAGAUUUUGAAGGAGUUCACCUAUGAUGUCAUUCAAAAACGCAUGGAACUGCGUAAGCGCGAAGAAGAAGCCAAGCAGGAGGCAAACAAUCCGCAGUCCCCCGAAUCUGAUUUCAAGAAACCCAAAAUGGCUUUCCUCGACACCCUGCUGUCCUCCACCGUAGAUGGUCGACCCCUGACCAUCCAGGAAAUCUAUGAAGAAGUCUCAACAUUUAUGUUCGAAGGACAUGAUACAACAACGUCAGCCUUGUCGUUUAUUACAUAUCUCCUCUCCCGCCAUCUGGGGGUACAGAAGAAAGUCUACGAGGAACAAAAGGCCAUAAUGGGAGCGGAUAUGAAACGCAGUGCCACAUUCCAAGAACUGGCCGAUAUGAAAUAUUUGGAUAUGGUGAUCAAAGAAUCCCUGAGAUUAUAUCCCAGUGUGCCGAUGAUUGGACGGCACACGGAUAAGGAAUACAGUAUGAAUGGCAAAACCCUGCCCAUUGACACCUCGGCCAUAAUUUUCAUCAUGGCAUUGGGUUACAAUGAGAAAACCUUCCCCGACCCCUAUCGUUUCGAUCCGGAACGUUUUGCUGCCACGGCCAAAAGUAGUGCCGAAGACCAUAAUCCCUUCGAUUAUGUACCCUUCAGUGCAGGGCCACGUAACUGCAUUGGUCAGAAAUUUGCCCAACUCGAAAUUAAAACUGUGAUAUCGAAAAUUGUGAGACAUUUUGAAAUUUUACCCGCCCUCGAUGAGUUGGAGUCCAAGGAUGGCUAUGUGAGCAAUUAUUUUGGACCCCAUCGGGAAAAGAGAUCGGAGCUGCAUAAAUAUGAUCCUAAUUUGGCAAUGGUUUUGACUUUGAAAUCCGAUAAUGGUAUUAUGCUGAGGAUGAGGGAGAGGAAAUAGGGGGAUUAGAGAUAAGUUGUUAUUGUAAAUAUUUUGUUGUAUUUAUAAUAAAAGAAAUUGAGAAUGUGGGACAAAAAAAAAAA